AUAGCAUCGAUUGUUCAGGAUGAAUAAUAGCCAAAAUCCAAUGAAUGACGAAGAUGAUGAAAUUUAUCUGAGUCAAGAAUCUUCAUCGGCUGAGCCGAAAAAUUCCUUAAAACUUGGUACCAGUUCAGGAACUGGUGGCUUUCAAUCAAUCGUCAAACGAAUACAAUUGGCAGCACGAAUUUCGCAACAAGGAAAUCAACACGGUGAUUGCUAUGAUGAAGAUGCUAAAUUGAAUACAUAUCUUAAACAAACAAAAUUAGCAACACGUCGACGUUCACGACGUUCUGGUUCGAUAUUUCCGCUUCCUACUCCACUGCCAACACCUUUAACAGGACAAUUAAAUACCAUACAAGAAUCACCAUUUGAAUUUCAACAAACAAGACCAUCAUUCAUUUUAGGUGAAAUUCAUUUUCUACACAAAGAUCAUCAAUAUGAUUUCAAACCAUUCGUCGCCCUCGAGCCACAUAUCACAUUGAAUGAUUUAUCACGAAUAUUAUUGGAAGAAUGGCAACUUGAAAUGCCCAAAAUUGUCACCUUAAUUGUUACAGGAAAAUCACAAAAUUCGCGAUGGAAAAAUGAAAAACAAAUCAAAAAUUUUCAGAUUGGAAUAGCAAAAGCGGCCAUGUCUACCAAUAUGUGGAUUUUGACUAAUGCUGUUAAUGGCGGCGUAACAUCUUAUGUUUGUUCGGCAAUCGAAAGAGAAUUUCAAAAAGCAAAAUUGAAAGGUCGACUUUAUCAACAAGUAAAUUCUUUUCAUUUGAUCGGAAUCGCUCAUGAAAAUCAUCUGAUUUAUGGACGAAAACUUUGUUAUAUCGAAAAUGCAUUGGUAAGUUUGAUGUUUUUUUUAGGGGUUAUUUGACAUUGUUUUAUCGGUAUGCAUCGAUUUUUUCGAUUCAUUUAGAAUUUAUUUAACAUUGAAAACACUGGUUUUAAUGAUGGUCAUCGAUUUGAAUUGAAUCCUGAUCAUACAAAUUUUAUUGUGUUGAAAAAUUUUCUCUACAAUAAUGAUUUUAUUAUGAAAUUGAUUGAUUUAUUCAACAUCAAAGAUUGUGUUAACAAUCAUGACCAAAAACAAUCGGAACAUACAAAAUCAGCAAAAAAUUCUGAUGAAAAUAAUGCCGACACACCAUUUGUUUCGAUUUUGAUUGAUGGAGAACCUGAAAACAUACAGCUUGUUUUACAAUUAAUAAAGAAAAGAAUUCCGGUUGUUGUAUUACAAGGAAGUGGUGGAAUGGCCGAUAUUGUUUCGUAUGCUUAUGCUAGAAUUUUUGAUUCAUUUGUUGAUUCCAUAGACAAAGAUUAUAUUGACAAAAAUGUAAAACCAUUGUUGGAUAAGAAAAUCAUACAACAAUUUAAUGAAUUAGAAGAUGAAAAUAAAAACAAUGAACGUAAUCGAAUUUGUCAACAAGUUAUUGAAUGUGUUUGUCUUACAAAACAACAUCGACGACAAGAUGGUCGUGAAUAUUUAAUCUUAUUGGAUACAUACAAUAUUAAUCAAGGUAACCUGACAAAUCUUCGUGAAUAUUUAUUGAAUGCUAUAUUGAAAUCUAAACAUCGUAAUGUUGAUCGUCCAUAUGGUGAACAAUUUUCCAAAGAUUUUGAUUUGAUUGUUGAUUGGAAUUGUGCUACGGUUGCACGAAAUGCUUUAUUUUCAAUGAAUUCAGUCAGUUUAAAUGGACUGUUGAAAUCAAAAUUUUUAGGCAUUUUGACUAGGCAAGAUCGUGAAGAAUUUGUUGAACUAUUUUUAGCUAAUGGUUUUCAAUUACAUAAAUUUUUGACACCAUCAAAAUUAAGCCGAUUAUUUCGUAUGAUACAUGAUGAUGAAUUUUUUCAUGCUGUUUGUUGGGAAACGGUUCUAAGUAAAUCACCUGUCGAUCGACAAUCAAAAUUUUUUAUUGAAACCGAUCUAAAUUGGUUAUUAGAAUUUGGUACUGGAUUACAAAAUUUAGUCAAAAUUAAUGAACUUCAUCUGAAUGCUAGCGAUUUCAUUGAAGAUUCAUUGGUAGCCGAACGUAAAGCUUUAACAUUGUUAACAAUGUGGGCAGUGGUACAAAAUCGUUAUGAAUUGGUUGAAAUUUUAUGGAAAUAUUGUGAUCAUCCAAUACAUUUAGCAUUGAUUAUAUCGAUGUUUUUCGAUAGAUUAUCUUGGCAUGUUUAUGAUACGAAUCUAAAAUUUGAACUUGAACAACGAUCAAAAACUUUUGCAAAAUAUGCAUACGAUGUGCUUGAUCGUUGUUAUCAGGAAAAUAUUUCGCUUGCAUAUAAUGUGUUAAGAGAAUCAAUCAAAGAUUUUAAUUAUAUGACGGCUGUAGAUAUUGCAGCAAAUGCUCGAUUGAAACAAUUUCUUGCUCAUCCUUGCUGUCAAAAAUGGUUGGCCAAUACUUUUCAAGGAAAGAUUCGUAUACGUGAAAUAACAUGGGGUUUUUUUACUGUUCCAGUUUCGAUCAAAAUAUUACUAUGCAGUCUAUUAGUAUUUCCAAUGUAUAUUUGGGUUCGUUUCAAAAAUGAUAAACCAAAAGAUGAUGAUGAAGAAUUCAGUGAUGAUGAUGAUGAAGAAGAAGAAUUAGAUGAUGUAUAUGAAAAUAAUGCAAAUAAAGAUGGAACAUAUGAAAUGAAACAGAUGUCUUAUGCUAAUGAAGCUUUUGUUAAUGAUGGCGAAACAUCAAAACCAUCAAACAUGAAUCAAAACAUUACAUCCGAUCGGAAAAAGAAACGAGAAGUAUUCGUACAAAAACAGCCACCAUUAUGGAAAAUGAUAGUUAUGAUGUGGUCGGCACCGAUUAGCAAAUUUUAUACAUCAUUAUUUUUCUAUGUAAUAUUUCUUAUGGUAAUUUCAUUAGCAGCUUUGUAUCCAAAUUGUGGUAAUAUUAUUCUCGAUUCAAUUGUUUGUAGUUGGUCAUUGCUUAUUGCAAUCAGUUAUAUUCGACAUGUUUAUAUUUUAUUCAUAAGAUAUUCAUCUGUGGUAACUUUGUAUACGAAAAUUAUCGAAAUUCUAUUAAUUCUAACAUUCACUGGAUUUUUUUCUACCACCCGUGUUCUACGAAUAUAUUUUUAUCCAAUUUAUUGGCAAAAAAUAAUGAUCGCAUUAGCUGUUUUGUACUUUUAUUAUCGAUUAAUCUCGGUAUAUUUACCCAUUUCACCAACGCUCGGUCCUUUUCUGUAUCGAUUUCGAUUGAUGAUCACUGUGGAUUUUGUCAACUAUAUGCGUAUCACUACUGUUAUAUUGAUUGCUAAUUCUAUCGCUAUUCGAUCAUUACAAUAUCCAUAUGAAGAAUUAACAAUUGAUUCAAUUAAAUCGGUAUUUCAUCAAGGAAUAGUUUCAUUAUUCACUGGACCACCAUCAGGCAAAAUUUUGGUGACAAAUGAUCCGAAAAAACAAUCAGAAUAUUGUCCAAAUAGUUUCCGUUCAUUCGAUAAUUCUUCUAUCAUUAUUGAUUAUCAAGAUAAUCAAGAUACAUUUAUAAUAUAUGUGUUUGUUUUUCAAUUUUUCAUCAUACUAAAAUUAAUUCUUGGUCCAUUAUUGUUCUCUAUAUUUGCUGUAACAGCUUCAAAAUGGGUAUCAGAAAUUGAUUCAAUUUGGAAAUUUCAACGUUAUCAAUUAGUAAUAGAUUUUGCUAAUCGUUUAUCGAUACCGGAACCAUUUAGUAUUGUUUACUAUUUAUACAUUUUAUGUUAUUAUAUUGCAUAUAUUCUAUGUUGCUGUUGUUAUAGUCGAAAUUGGUGUAAAUUAUUCGAACGAAUUUAUCAACAACAUUGUCUUUAUUGGAAAUUACUUGCUGGUGAAUAUAUUGUUGAUCAACAGAGACAAUUAUCAAGAAUAAAUGAAAAUGAUGAAUUAAAUCAUCGUCAAUGGGAUUGUAUACGUGAUAUAACCGAAGAAAUUGAAUAUGAAAAAAAAUUAUUACGUGAAAUUAAAAGUAAAUUAUUUGAAAUGGAAAAAUUUAUA